GCGGGAUUUCGGGUCAUACUAUCGCGAGACCUUCCUCUUACCCGCUGUCAGCGGAGGCAACCGAAGCGGCGGCCGGACGGUGGGUUACGGAUUUUUCUUGUAGUUUGAGCCUGUCCCGGAGGCUGCGGGUGUACUGAACGAUGGAGUAUAUGACAGAGUCCAUUGACCGCGGCCCGGGACACAUCUUGUGCUGUGAGUGUGGUGUCCCGAUUAGUCCAAAUCCUGCCAAUAUUUGUGUUGCCUGUUUGCGAAGUAAAGUGGACAUCAGCCAAGGUAUUCCGAAGCAGGUCUCGAUUUCUUUCUGCAAGCAAUGUCAGAGGUAUUUUCAGCCACCAGCAACUUGGGUGCAGUGUGCUUUAGAAUCCAGGGAACUUCUUGCUUUGUGUUUGAAAAAAAUCAAAGCACCUCUGAGUAAGGUUCGACUUGUAGAUGCAGGCUUUGUUUGGACUGAGCCCCAUUCUAAGAGGCUUAAAGUUAAACUGACAAUUCAGAAAGAGGUGAUGAAUGGUGCUAUCCUUCAGCAAGUGUUUGUGGUGGAUUAUGUCGUUCAGUCCCAAAUGUGUGGCGAUUGCCAUCGAGUAGAAGCCAAGGAUUUCUGGAAGGCUGUAAUUCAAGUCAGGCAGAAGACUCUGCACAAAAAAACAUUCUACUAUCUGGAACAGUUGAUUCUGAAAUAUGGAAUGCAUCAGAAUACACUUCGUAUCAAAGAAAUUCAUGAUGGUCUGGAUUUCUAUUAUUCUUCAAAACAACAUGCUCAGAAGAUGGUAGAGUUUCUUCAGUGUACAGUUCCCUGUAGAUACAAAACAUCACAACGAUUGAUCUCUCAGGAUAUCCAUAGUAACACAUAUAAUUACAAGAGCACUUUUUCUGUGGAAAUUGUUCCAAUAUGUAAGGAUAAUGUUGUCUGUCUGUCCCCAAAACUGGCCCAAAGCCUUGGAAAUAUGAGCCAGAUAUGUAUUUGUAUUCGAGUAACUAGUGCCAUCCAUCUCAUAGACCCAAACACCCUGCAAGUUGCAGAUAUUGAUGGGAGCACUUUCUGGAGUCAUCCUUUCAAUAGUUUAUGCCAUCCCAAACAGCUCGAAGAGUUUAUUGUGAUGGAAUGCAGCAUAGUCCGAGACCUAAAACGUAGUGCAGGGGCUGGAGUAAUAUCAAAAAAGCAUACCCUUGGGGAAGUCUGGAUACAGAAAACAUCUGAAAUGAAUACAGAUAAACAGUAUUUUUGUCGUACUCACUUGGGACAUCUUUUAAAUCCUGGAGAUCUAGUGCUUGGGUUUGAUCUGGCCAACUGUAAUUUAAAUGACGAACAUGUCAACAAAAUGAACUCAGAUAGAGUUCCAGAUGUGGUAUUAAUCAAGAAGAGCUAUGACCGCACUAAACGCCAACGCCGUAGAAACUGGAAACUGAAAGAACUUGCAAGAGACAGAGAAAACAUGGACACCGAUGAUGAGAGGCAAUAUCAAGAUUUCCUUGAAGAUCUUGAAGAAGAUGAGGCAAUUAGAAAAAAUAUCAAUAUUUACAGAGAUCCAACCAUCCCUGUGGAAAGCGACACAGAUGAUGAAGGAGCACCUCGAAUUAGUUUGACUGAGAUGCUUGAAGACCUUCAUAUUUCCCGUGAUGCUACUGGUGAAGAAGGGGCACCAAUGAUGCCAUGAUGAGAUCAUGUUGUAUGCUGUCUGCGUGACUCUGGCCUCAGGAAGUUGGACAGAAUAAUCUCUAUUGUAUUUUACAUGUAUGCCUCUAUAUUUUGAGAGGAGAAAUUUAGUCUUAAACUUAAAUAAAUAUGACUGUUUUCAUUGUGCACUUAAAAGCACGGAAAAGGUUUUAUAGCUUUGACAUUUUAAAUAGUAAAAGAUUAGAGUAUAAUUAUUACUGAUAUUUAGGCCAUUUAUGUUUGCAGUUUUUUCAGUUUGCUUUUUAACAUAAGAGACACUAGUAUUUCACAUACUAUAGCUGAAUUUAAAUGCUCAAAAGUUAGGAUUCCUUGGAUGUUAACUAAGUAAUAGUCAAGCAUUAAACAACCUUUUACAUCUG